UUUUUUUUUUUUUUUUUUUUUCGUCUCGGCCUCCCUUGGCCUACAUCGGACUACGUUACCUUGCUUCCGGUAAGGGAAUCAGGAAGGCAUCGGUGAUGUGGCCGAUUCCUGCAGUAACCUUUCGUCACCCCCCCGUUCGGUGUCGAUUCAUCAGUUGCCUUGACAGCUUGAACCGGUGAAACCAUGAUAUCGAUCCAGCCUUUGUGGAGAGGAGCUACUCCCCUCAGACCACUUGCACCGAUUCUUGUAAGUCGUACUUUCGACUGGGUCCCGCGCUGGGGUCAACUACGGAGUACUAUCUAUAUACCCACCUCCCUUUGCUGGAGAAGCCCCGAGCACCUCUUUUCUUUUUGCAUUUUGUAUUCGCAUCUUCCUUUUACACCCUUAGCAUCCUUCUUUACCUGCGUUUGAUUAUUGAUUGCGUUGCAGCGAUGGUUCAACCCUCUCUAUCCGGCGUACUUACGUCUGUGAAGCCCAGGACUACGAGUCUAUUGGACAGCCCUCUUCGCUUGUCCUUCGGCACAUCUAUCCAAAAGCGUGAGCAGACCAGCUAUUGCAAAGAGACCCGGAAACCUCUACAUCCUCUUCCCUUGAAGCAAAGGAUCCCUCCGCGAACAUGGGAUACCCAUAUGCAUGUCGUGGAACCGCAGCACUAUCCGGUGUCUGCGUCGGCCGUCUACCAACCAUCGGCCCACACGCUCGACGAGGCCGUCUCCUUUGAAUCGUCUCUGGGAAUCGAAAACAUCGUCCUUGUUCAGCCCUCGAUAUAUGGAACCGACAACUCUUGCCUUCUGGACGCACUAAAACAAAUCGGCCCCUCUCGUGGCCGAGGGGUGGUGGUAAUCAACCCGGCCAACAUCGAGGCGAAGACUUUAUGUGAAUGGCACGCCUUGGGGGUGCGAGGCGUGCGAGUGAAUCUGAAAUCGGUGGGAAAGGUGUUGAACGAGCAUGAGCUAGCCGAGACCCUGUUGCAACAUGCCGCAAGGGUGCGUCCCCUGGGUUGGAUCAUCCAGGUCUAUAUUGCUCUGGACAUGGUGCCCAUGCUGGAACGCAUUGCUCCGCAGUUGGGGGUUAAGGUCUGCAUCGACCACUUUGGCGCCCCCGAUCUUUUGUCGCUAAGCCUGGCGGACGGAAACCCCUUUGACCCGUACUCUCUGCCGGGGUUUUCGUCCUUGAUCUCGCUUCUGCGCGCAGGGGACACUUAUAUCAAGAUCUCUGCGCCCUAUCGGUUAAGCAAGGACAAGGAAAUGCGCGACCUCGAGAUGAUGAUUCGGGAAUUUCUAUUGGAGGCCCCCAAGCGAGUGAUCUACGCGACCGACUGGCCUCACACUCGACACUCGGGAGUUGACAUCGAACCAUUUACGGAACUCUGUUUACGACUAUGCGGCGAUGAGCCAGGGCUGGCCGAGCGAAUCUUCCGACAAAACGCCGAAGAGUUGAUGGACGGGAGGCACAGGUGAUGAUCAAUCACCCUGAAGCCCACACACGGUGCAUUUAGACAUAUUUACGACUUACGAUAAUACAACCCUGAUUGAUCAUAUUACGGAGUAUCUACGGGGAAAGGAAUCCAGCGAGGCAGCUAGUAAUCCGCGGGAAACUUCUGGCGGCCGUUUCGGAAGGUG